UUUCCGCAUUUGAACCACAACAUCGCGAUUUGAUACUUGUAUAUAUACUCUCAGUAUUUUUUGAAUAUGCCACCUAACAGUACGGUCAGUGCCAUUGACAUGAAUAAAAAAAAGAGUAUCAGUGAUCGUAAUAAUUCAUGUGUACAAGAUACAAAGUUGCCACCAGCUGAUUUCGAAAGCGCUGUAAAUGCGACCGGAUAUGGAAAAUUUCAUGUUUUAUUAUACUUAGCAAUAAUACCAGUUUCUUGGGCGUCCAGUUUUGAUACUGGUAACAUAUCUGUCAUUCUUCCUGCAGCAGAAUGCGAUUUGCAAUUAAGUCUUAUUCACAAGGGAAUAUUAAACGCUGUCGUUUAUAUCGGCAUGGUAUCGAGUGGAUUAAUAUGGGGAUACUUAGCAGAUGUAAGAGGUAGAAAAUCAAUUUUAGUUUAUGGAUUCAUGGCAGAUGGAGUCUGCAACGUAUUAUCAGGAUUUUCACAAAAUUUUGAAACGCUCUUAUUUUUUAAAUUUCUCAGCGGAGCUAUAAUCAGUGGACCAUACGCUGGAACAAUGACUUAUUAUGCUGAAUUUUAUGGUGCCAAAGUUAGAUCGAGAAUUACACUUAUUGUUGGUUUCACUGUUACUGCUGGAACCCUCAUGACCUCGGCUUUGGCUUGGCUGGUAAUACCACAAACUUGGUCAAUCGUUCUCUGGGAUGGUUAUUUUGUUUACGAUUCGUGGAGAAUAUUUUUGUCCCUUUGUGGAGUGCCUACUUUGAUCGGUGUGUUUCUAAUUUCAUUUUUUCCGGAAAGUCCUAAAUUUCUGAUGAGUCAAGGACGCAAAGAAGAAGCUUUGAAAGUUUUUCGACAAAUUUAUAGGAUUAACACUGGCAAACCGGAAGAAACUUAUCCGAUAACCGAAUUAGCUGACGAUUUCGAAACAAACAGUUCAACUGACUUAACAAUGGUGGAUCCGUCUAAAAAAUCAUUUAAAAGUGGCCUACUUCAAAUGAAACCGAUCUUUUUUAGACCACACAUAUUACGAUUAAUUUUGAUUUUGACUCUUCAAUUUUGCAGUAUGCUUUCUCUCAACACAAUUCGGUUAUGGCAACCACAACUCUUCUCUAUAUUGAAUGACUUCAAUCCAAUUGAUAACAAUAUUACCGAUCACGAACCAGCAUUUUGUGAAAUUUUAGACAUCGUCACUUAUUCAAAGAAUACAAAUGUAACCAGCGAUAUGAUCGAAGCAGUCGAUUGUUCAAACAUCGUAAUAUCAGAAAAGAUGUACACAGACUCAACGAUAGUAUCAAUGUCUACAAUAUCUUCACUUUUUAUUGCCAGCAUGUUUGUGAAUUUAUUGGGCCACAAAAUUCUUUUAUAUAUUUGUUACACAGUGUGUGUCUCAUCAUUGAUAUCCAUGAUUUGGUCAACUAGUUACACGUUGACAUUAACAUUAACGUGUUUAUUUGUUGGUAUUAUGAUGACAUCAUUGAACAUCAUAGUUGGUGUCACUGUACUUUUAUUUCCAACUACUUUGAGAACCAUGGCAGUGAGUUUGGUAAUGAUAAUAGGAAGAUCUGGAUCUCUGAUCGGCAAUGUCGUAUUUCCGGUAUUGCUUGAGUACGGAUGCAUAGCUCCGAUCAUGACGAUAGCUUGCUUUCCCCUUCUUGGUAUCGUAUUAGCAUUUUUCAUACCGAGCAGUAAGAUUAAGAAAAACAAAAAUGUUGAAUCUGGAUAA